GCGGAUUACAGAACAGGGGCGGCAUUAAAACCAGUUGAAUAAAUGAUUGCUAGCUGACAGUGUGUGUGACAGUGAAGCUGUAGUCUGUACUGGACACUGCUGUGAUUUUUAGGUAUAGUAUAAACUAAUAAAGACCAAUAGCAAUCAUGCCUAAGAUGGCAGAUCAAAGGACACACUUAGUGCUGGAGAAUUACAUAGGAGGUAAAUUCGUGCAGUGCUCCAGACAUGUAGAUUCCUAUGAUCCAUCUACUGGAGAGGUGUACUGCAAAGUGCCCGACAGCGACAAGGAGGAGGUUGAGGAAGCAGUGAAAGCAGCCAAAGAAGCUUUUCCUGCAUGGUCCUCAAAAAGCCCCUUGGAGAGAUCCCAGAUACUGAACAAGCUGGCUGACCUCAUUGAUGCUCACCUGGAAGAGUUUGCACAGGCUGAGUCGAAAGACCAAGGGAAAACGAUCACUUUUGCCCGAACUGUGGACAUUCCCAGAUCUGCUUACAACUUCCGUUUUUUUGCAUCCUCCAUCCUCCACCACACUACCGAAUGCAGUCAGAUGGACCACAUGGGCUGUAUGCUGUAUACUGUUCGCAGCCCAGUGGGAGUAGCUGGUCUGAUCAGCCCGUGGAACUUGCCCCUGUAUUUACUGACCUGGAAGAUCGCUCCAGCUAUUGCAACAGGGAACACUGUGGUGGCUAAGCCCAGUGAGAUGACCUCUGUCACUGCCUGGAUGAUGUGCAAGCUUCUGGAUGAAGCAGGCGUGCCCCCCGGAGUGGUGAACAUCGUGUUUGGGACAGGGCCGCGGGCGGGCGACGCUCUCGUGUCCCAUCCCGAGGUGCCUCUCAUCUCCUUCACUGGGAGCACCACCACUGCCCAGCGCAUCACCGAGCGCAGUGCCCCACACUGCAAGAAGCUCUCCAUGGAGCUGGGGGGAAAGAAUCCCGCCCUUGUCUUCCGGGACGCCGACCUGGACGAGUGCGUCCCCGCCACGGUGCGCUCCAGCUUCUGGAACCAGGGGGAGAUCUGCUUGUGCACCAGCAGGAUUUUUGUGGAAAGGAGUAUCUAUUCUGAGUUCCUACAGAGAUUUGUAGAAGCUGCCCAGAAGUACAAAACUGGAGUUCCCACAGAUACUACUGUCCACAAUGGAGCACUUAUCAGCAAAGAGCAUUUAGAAAAGGUAAAGGGUUACGUGAAGCUGGCGCUGGCAGAGGGAGGCAAGGUGCUGUGUGGGGAAGGAAUCAGCUCUCUGGACCUCCCUGAACGGAACAAGAGUGGAUACUUCAUGUUGCCUACCGUUAUCACUGACAUCUCAGAUGAAUCGCGCUGCAUGCAGGAGGAGAUCUUCGGUCCUGUAACGUGCAUCGUGCCCUUUGACAGUGAGGAAGAAGUCAUCAGAAGGGCCAAUAAUGUGAAGUAUGGUUUGUCCGCUGUUGUGUGGUCUAGAGAUGUGGGUCGAGUCCACCGUGUGGCCAAACAGCUGCAGGCUGGAUUGGUGUGGACCAACUGCUGGCUCAUCCGUGACCUCAACCUUCCCUUUGGUGGUAUGAAGUACUCUGGGAUUGGCCGGGAAGGAGCCAAAGAUUCUUAUGAUUUCUUCACUGAGGUUAAAACCAUUGCAGUUAAACACUGAGAUACAUGGUGGUGGCCCCUAAACUCUUCUCACAGAUCACAGCCUUAAAAUGUCUUCUGGUAGGCAUCUCAAUAACUGCUUUCACCACAUGUUGCUACUGUAGGUUAUGCCCAGAGGACCUCAAAGUACAAGUUAAUAGAACAUAAAUAAACAAGCCUUUGGGUACGUGAUAGUUGUUGUUCCCCUGUGGGUCAAGUGAAUCGAUAUAGAAAAAUUUGUAAUGUGAAGGGCAGAAUAAAACUAUAUUAUCCGUUUAAUUGGUCUGCCCAAGAAUAAAUACUGCCUCAGACAGAUUUAUAUUGUCACAACAAACCACUGGUUGUGGGGUAUUUUUGUUGAUGUAUUUCUGUAUUAACCCAGGACCAGACAGGGAUGACCCUGCUGUUUAAGUGUAAUUGAAUCAGUAAGAAAUCAGAGGUAAUAAUAAGUGAGUGAGACCCAAUUUAUUUAAUUGCUACAUCUUAGAGAGAAAAUACUGCUGUCCCAGAGUGCUUUGGGUCUAUAUCUUCUUACUUAUUCUGUAAACAUUGCUUGGUAAAAUGCUGGAAUAAUGAAAGUCUAACUUUUCAACAAAAAGAGAUUUCUUUGAAUAUAUUUUUGUUAUUAUUUAGUUAUAAGCUGCACCAAUUAAGGAAUGGAAGUGUGUGUUAUGAUCUGUUCAGUAGUUUGGUCAAAUUCUAAUAAAGAUUAAACUAACCAACAAAUAUAAAGGGAAGGCAUGCUCAAUACUUGGGCACCUAGCCGAGGAAAUGAGAGGGCUGGUUGGAAAUCAGUGCUGUCACAUCUCCCGUCACAUAGGAGGACUGAACCAGGGAGAAAAUGCCACAACGUUGCAGCUGGAGUGGAAGGAGAGGAGCUAGAAAAGAUACAGCAGUACUGUCUGUGGCCAGUGAGUGUUUACAUGUAUGUACAGCUUGGGGGAGUGAUGUCAUGUGACAUUACAAUUUAACCUCGACCUAAACUUCUGUCAAAUAAACAUAAUUUAUUAUCAG